GCAGCCUUGGUGAGCAUAAGAGACUUAUUUUAAAAACAUGGACAACUGAAUUAUACCAAACUUUUGACUGGUAGUGUAAAAUGAUUUACUGGCGGAAAGCAUUUCUGAUUGGCUAAAGCUUGGGCCGGUCCCCUCUUCAGAGCCUAGGGCUGUCACAGAGACAGGUGUGAUUUGUUAGGACACUCACUUCAGUGAUGUCUGUCAGAUAAUAGGGUGAUUUUUUUUAUGUGUGCUGUUCCAAAAAGUAGAUUUACAUUAAGUUAUGCAAAAGAUUUUUAUUUUAGUGAUUUAAUUUGAUUUGUUUUGCUGUCCAGAAUUUAAUAAGGAUAUUUUAAAAUUCAGAUGAUUAUAUAAUAUAGUGACUAAUAAUAAUUUGUGACUGUCAUUUUGUUUCGCACAAUAUAUGGGUAUAUAGGUCAUAUAUAGGUCAAAAUGUGAUAGGCUGAAUAUUUUCCUUAAAAGCUUUCCUUUUGUUUUAUUUUGCUUUGUGAUUUGUACAUUAAAACACCAAUAUUUGUCACAAGAACGUUUGUUUUAUAAAGAAUACAAAAUAUGUUUUCCCGUUUACAAAGUAAUUUCGCAAGUAGCUCAACAUUUAACAUAGUAAUAUUAAUAAAAUACAUUUCUUCAUAACACUCGUGGACUUUAUUUACACCGGAAGCUUGUAAUCGUUUGCCAGUGUGGUGAUCACGUGACACACGCUCUCCCCAGAGAGCACUUCCGGUAACGUUUCCUGUGUUUGUAAACUGAAAAAAAAAAAAACUGUUCGACAAGAAAAUAUUGGGCUACGGUAACAGAAGAAGAGUAAGGCUUGGGCCCCUGAUGAUUGGGGCUUGUGUGGUCUCUAAACAUUCUCGCUGCCCAGAGCGAAGCUCUCUGUACCCCAACACACACACACACACACACUCUCACCACAGCGAUGUCACACCUUUCCAACAGCUCAGUGCGAGAUCACAUGAAGUGGGCUGGGUUGCUGGGCUGUGAAGCGGUGCUGUCCAGCAUGGCACUCAUGCAGGCUGGCUCCAUGUCCAGUCAUAAGAAGAUGGGCUCUCAUCUGGGCCAGGGACAGAGAGAAAACCAUCACAGCCACAAUCACAGCCAGAACCACAACCAGGACACACACAGCCAACACGGCCACAUGGUGCUGCCCUCUGGAGUCAGCUGCCCACCACUUCUCAUCCGCAAGGAUGGAGAGUUUCACUCAUCCAGGCUCUUGGAUGAAAAAAACAUGCAAGCCAGACAGAACGUGCAGCCAAAGAAGAAGAACAGGAAGUCUGGACUUCCUACCAAAUUGAGAGAAAAGCCCCAGGUGGAGAUUCCUGAGGUUAAUGACGAUAACUCACUCAGCUCUCAAGUGCAGAAGAACUUCAUAUGUGAGCACUGCUACAGUGCUUUCCGCAGUAGUUACCAUCUCAAACGCCACAUUCUCACCCACACGGGGGAAAAGCCAUUUGGAUGUGAUAUGUGUGACAUGAGGUUUAUUCAGCGCUACCACCUGGAGAGGCAUAAGCGUGUUCACAGCGGUGAGAAGCCUUAUCAGUGUGACCGCUGCCAACAGAACUUUUCCAGAACCGACCGGUUACUACGGCAUCGACGUUUGUGUGCCGUGGGCAUCCCUAAAGAGGAGAACCAGCCGUGCUGUGAGGGACGGCCAUAUUCUCAGGACCCCUCCCAGCACACGGCGUCCUGGAGCCCACUGCAGACAAACAACAGCAGGCUGGCGGUGUGACCGCUUUCCGAUCGCUCGUACAAACCUCUUCCCAGCAAACACCACCUGAACGGGGGGUUUGAACCUGUAAACUGUUUAAAGACUCUGUCCAGCUCUGAUCGUGCGGCUCAACCCCAGUGGACUCUGGGAAAUAGCAUAUUUUGUAUUUUAGAUGGUACUGUGAUCAGCAGGCGGGUUAGUUGUGCAUUCAGUCCAGGCAAUAAUGACGUCCGGUAGUUUAGAAUCACUUCCUUUUGUAGUUCCCUUUGGAGCGCUGUAGAUCUCAGUGCUACAAUAUUAACCUGUGAACAUCUUGAGUCGUAGCACGUGGCCUUUUCGAUCAGAGAAGUUAGCCGUAGUGACAGUAGACGCAUUCUGGUAGGAUACGUUUUCUCAGUGUGCGCAUCAAUUAAUCAUUUCCUAUUCUCAUUAAAUACUGUGACCAUUGACCGUUUUACACGGGCUUGUUACGGUUAUAGCAGAAACAUCUGGAACAUCAUCCAUCCUACAUCCACAGGAGAGCUCAUUUUUUGUGAGCUACAUUAUGGUGUCAAGCUUUUGAAGUUGGCCUUUAGGUCAACAUGAACACUGACUUUUCUUUGGGUAUUAGAGAAUGGAUGACAAAUUUCGUCACAGUAUGAUGUGACUCAUGCGGGAAGUCUGCUAGCAUCUCAGUUUCUCUUCUAAAAGUCACUGGAUCGACAAAGCCGAGCCAAGAAUAACAAAGCAAACCUUUUAACAGGUUGUACAGUUCAUAGAGAGACAGAUGUUUAUAUAAAAACCGCUAGUUUAUCGCAGAGGUCUCGUUAUAUGUUUCAUAUUCCGUCAACCUCGGCCCCUGAACACGGACUUCUGACGCAGUUGAGCUUGAGUUAAUAUAUUUUUUCAGCGUUUUAAAUAAUUUAAUUAGAAACCGUAGUAGUAUUAGACGGCAGUUUCACUGUAUUUUUUUACAUGUACAUUUUGCAUGAUCCCUUUCAUUAAGUGCGUACCGUAAAAGGUUCUUGUAUUGUGAUUGUUUAAAAUACACUUGUUUUUGUAAGAACAUUA